AUGGGAUUGUGGAGUGCUUCGAUCGUUCUGCUGAUACCACUGCUGUGUGGAUUAUGUAAUGGCUCACCCGAUUUAGGUCUGGAUAUCGCGAUCGACUAUGUCACGCAGAACAAUCCGAACGUUCUUUCGUCUGCCAAUAUGGUAGGAACAGCUACCUCCGAUCUGCAAGGUGCCAUCGGUGGUUACCAGAUUGCCAAGCUGAACGGUUCCACCAGUUUGGUCGUUUCCGGCGAGGCACUCGUCUCGCUUGUCGGUAACAUUACGCUCAACGUGAACGAUGUGCUACGCAACAUCUCGAUUGUCGCUAGCAAUCGCCAGACGGCACCAUCAUGUAUGUUCGGAAGCAUGAACGCCACCAUCGAUCGGGCGUUUGUUGCACUCGAUCAGGCAAGCUCACUGAUCACACGUAUCCAAACGUCCACCUCAUCCCAGAACGGUGGUGCCCUCACGUCCUGGAUGAUGAUGAUCCAGACGGCGAUGACGGACAUCUCCACCUAUCUGGACACACUGUACAAGGAAGUGUCGGCUGUAAUGGCUGCCGGAACGCUCUCCGCCAGUACCGUGUCGGCAAACAUUAAACCAGCCACACUGUUCAAUCUUGCCGGUGCCAUCUCGGUGGUGACCACAGCGGAGAAAGGUCUCACCACCACCGUUCGAACGAUUCGGUCCGGCUUCGAACAGGCGUCUAACAUCCUUAACAGCUACAGCACGGACAUGACCAAUGCACUGACCUCGGUCAACAACACGCAGCGCGAUUACUACAACCAGGUCGUUAGCCGCAUCACUUCCUACCAGGGCAAGGUAUCCUGGGAAGCCGGUUGGGGUGUAACCGACAUCGUCAACACCCUACCCCGUGUAAAUCCGUUCAUGCAGGACUCCACUACCCGUACCACCGCGCUGCAGCUAAACACCUCGAUCACCACGACGACCACCGCCAUCCAAACCUAUGCGAACGUUUGGUCCACCAGUCUCCAGACCCAGAUGACGCUACUCUUUACCGGUGCGGAAGCGUUUGUACAGAGCAACAUCAAGGCGCUGGUGCCGGUAUUCGAUGCAACACUGUUCAAGUUAGCCGCCACCAUGUCGAACGGUGGCACAUACUCAACCAAUUGCUUCUUCAAGUACGGUGGCGCCAUACAGAACCUCGAGAACAAUAUGCGCGAUACGCUGCAGAAGUGUUACAACGAUUUCGCCAACACCGGUUACACGGAUUCGUUCAUCAGCGAGUACAACAUGGUGAUCCGUGAGCAGACGCGCAGCAUUGCGAACCGGAUCAACUUCUGCCUGAAUCUGGGGUCCACCAGCUCGACCAAGGUGAUCAAGGCGGGCAUUUCGAAAUGUCUUUCGGAGACGGUCACUAUGAACGACUCUCUAAUGAAGGACGUCAGCAUCCAGACGAAGUUGGUCGUUUCGAUGGUCAAUCUGGAAAGUUUGGCGAUGGUCCAGCGUGUGGAGAGUUGCGCCGCCAUCAUGAACCAUGGGCUGAUGGCAAAGGCGGCCUCGCUGGACACGUUGCUCGCUACCUGUCAGACUACCAACCAGUAG